UUAACAAAUCUGGACACGAUAUUGCCCCUCAAAACAUGGGGUGAGAGAGGCGUUUGAAAAUGCAACCCCGAAGUUUUUUUUUUUUUUUGCUUUAUUUUUACUCCCAUUUCCAUUUAUUGCAAGAAGUGAAAUGAAGUAGUAGUGCUUACUGUAUUUAAGGGGACCAGUCCAGAGGUUUACCAUUACUUCCUUUUAUGCAAAGAACCCUUUAGAAUCCCAAACCCUUCCUUUUACAUAUUUAGCAGAGAGAGAAAGAGAGGGAGAGAGAGAUGGGCAGGCCAAGGUGUUUUAUAGACAUAAGCAUCGGAGGGGAGUUAGAAGGAAGGAUAGUAGUAGAGCUCUACAACGAUGUCGUUCCUAAAACUGCUGAGAAUUUUAGAGCUCUCUGCACUGGUGAGAAAGGCAUUGGACCUAACACCGGUGUCCCUCUUCACUACAAGGGAUGUCGUUUUCAUCGUGUUAUCAAAGGUUUUAUGGUUCAAGGAGGAGAUAUCUCUGCAGGAGAUGGCACUGGAGGGGAAUCUAUUUAUGGCUUGAAAUUCGAAGAUGAGAAUUUCGAACUGAAACAUGAAAGGAAAGGAAUGUUAUCUAUGGCAAAUGCUGGUCCAAACACAAAUGGCUCGCAGUUCUUUAUCACGACAGCUCGCGCCUCUCAUUUGGAUGGAAAACAUGUUGUAUUUGGGAAGGUUGUUAAAGGAAUUGGAGUUGUUCGUUCUGUUGAGCAUGUUACAACUGGUGAUGCUGAGUGUCCCACUUCUAAUGUUAUGAUCGUCGAUUGUGGAGAAAUUCCUGAGGGUGCAGAUGACGGGACAUGUAAUUUCUUCAAGGAUGGUGAUGCUUAUCCUGAUUGGCCAGCUGACCUUUAUGAGAGUCCUAGUGAACUUUCAUGGUGGAUGAAUGCUGUAGAUUCUAUUAAGGCUUUUGGAAAUGAACAUUUCAAGAAACAAGACUAUAAGAUGGCGCUAAGAAAGUAUCGGAAGGCUUUACGCUAUCUGGAUAUCUGUUGGGAGAAAGAAGGGAUUGACGAAGAGAAGAGUUCAGCUUUGAGGAAGACAAAGUCACAGACAUUCACAAACAGUGCAGCAUCCAGGUUAAAAUUGGGGGAUCUGAAAGGAGCGCUGGUGGACACAGACCUUGCAAUACGUGAUUGGGAAAACAAUGCAAAAGCUCUGUUUCGCCAGGGACAGGCAUACAAGGCUCUUAAUGAUGUUGAUGCUGCUGCUGAAAGCUUCAAAAAGGCAUUGCAGUUGGAGCCAAAUGAUGCUGGAAUAAAACGGGAGCUUAAUGCUGCUAGGAAGAAGGUUAACGAGAGACGUGAUCAGGAGAGAAGGCGAUAUGAGAAGAUGUUCGAAACUUCAAAUAGCACUGCUGUAGAACCCUAGCCAAUUGGUAUGCGGAUUACCUUUUGGAAACUCUUGUCAUUUGAUCAUCGGGCAUUGCAAACUGAGAAUAUUUUGAAAAACAGGAUGCGAAUUCCCUGAGUUACAAAAGCUUUUCAGGUUUUAUCAGAGAACAAAGGAGCCUUUAUCAAGGCAACUGUACAAGUUUGAGGCUCGAACCAUUUCUUAUUACAGUUUCCAUGGAAAUUUUUGAAACUUAAGAGCCAUUUAAAAAUAACGAUUUACCCUCUGAUGGACAUAAAA